GGGGGAGGCGGGGCGGCACUUCCGGAGGCGGUGGACACAGGGGCACAGGGAGAGGGAGAGAGGGAGAGCACCGGGUUGUUGAACAAUUGCAAACAUGGAGGCCUUGAUACAGAGACUGGAGACGGCUGUGAUUCAGUUGGAGACGGUGGUUCAAUCCGGAGUGCCUGGAGCUGGCUCUGUAGAUACUGCGUGUGCUGCCUAUGUGGAGGAGUUUGAUGAAAUUCUUGCUGGGCCGGUAGCUGAGUACUACAAACAGAGCAAAGGGAUUGGUGGAGAUGUUUUUAAACAUGCUGAGAUGGUGACCACAGGAUUGAAUCUGCAAAGGAAAUUCCUGGUGAUUGCUUCCCAAUGCCAGAAACCUUCAGAGGCUGAAUUAACCCAAAUACUUCAGCCUAUCUCGGCUAAAAUUCAGGAGAUCCAAGACUUCAGAGAGAAAAAUCGCCCCAGCAAGCAGUUUAAUCAUCUGUCUGCAGUCAGUGAGAGCAUUCCUGCCCUGGGAUGGUUGACAGUGGCUCCCAAACCUGGCCCUUUUGUUAAGGAGAUGAAUGAUGCGGCGAUGUUUUAUACCAACCGGGUUCUUAAGGACUACAAAGAAACAGAUAAGAAGCAUGUGGACUGGGUUAAGGCCUAUCUAAAAAUUUGGGCUGACUUCCAAGCUUACAUCAAGGCAAACCACACCACUGGGGUUUCGUGGAGCAAGACUGGUAAGAAAGCGACGGCAGCUAAAGGUUGCGGGAUGCCCGGAGGCCCUGCUCCCCCCACUGCACCAGCACCUCCACCUUUUGUUCCUGCAACUGCGGCCUCUCCCAAACAUGAUGACUCCCAGGCACGAUCUGCUCUCUUUGAUCAGCUGAACAAGGGAGAUAACAUUACAAGUGGACUGAAGCAUGUGUCAGAUAACAUGAAGACACACAAGAACGAAGCUUUGAGAAAUCAAAAACCACUGCAAACUGGUCCAAAGCCAUUUGUUGCCAAAACUCCCACACCAUCAAAGCCAGCUGCCAAGAAACAGCCACCGGUGCUAGAAUUGGAGGGGAAAAAAUGGAAAGUGGAAAACCAGGAGAAUGUCAAAGACCUGGUGAUCGGCAACACUCAGUUGGGUCACGUGGUAUACAUUUACAAGUGUGCACAAAGCACUGUUACCGUCAAAGGCAAGAUCAACUCCAUUAUUGUUGAUAACUGUAAGAAGCUCGGGCUAGUUUUCGAAGAUGUUGUUGGCAUUGUGGAGGUCAUUAACUGCAGAGAUGUGAAGAUUCAGGUUUUGGGUAAAGUGCCAACUGUGUCGAUCAAUAAGACUGAUGGCUGCCAUACCUACCUCAGCAAAGAUUCUCUUAAUUGUGAGAUUAUCAGUGCCAAGUCCUCUGAGAUGAAUAUCCUGGUUCCUGUCAAUGAUGACUUUAUUGAGCACGCUGUCCCAGAACAAUUCAAGACUGUCUGGAACGGCAAGAAGCUGGUGACUACAGUGACAGAAAUAUCCGGUUAAAGUGCAUGGAUGCUGGGACAUCUACCUACAGGCAUGGUCUUAAUGUUGUCGCUUGUACUGAUGAACAUGAUCUGUAGAAGCAAUGAGCUAACUCUCUGCACAUUCAACCCUUAGACUUGUACUAUAUUCCUAUUGAGAGGUACUUAACCUGCUACAGCAUAAUACCUCAAGUACUGGUGUUUCCUUUCCCAGUAUAAAAAUGGCCUAAAAUAGCUGAAUUAGAGCAUGGGGAGGGCUGGUGUCAGACUCUAGCAGUAUGCAUCUAUGUUCAUGAACCUAUGAGCAUAGAACAAUGUUAUACUGGGAAGACUGUUGAGGUGAUAGUGCACCAAAAUGCAUAUUUAAUAAAAAAAAACUAGCAUUGCUGAGCUCUUUCCAUGGGAAGAUUUAGUAUAGGCACUUUCUCCUUUUCCCCCUUCUCCUCCUCCUCCCCAAAAUAGACAAGGUCACGUGUCCAAGAUUUGAAAAGAAUGGGUACCGCUUGAAUCUUGAAGAUGUGCCAUCAGGGGAGUUCUGAUAUGCAAUUACUCGUGUCUCUUUCCAUUCCAUUUUACUCUGUGCCUCUUUUUAUUCAUUUCUAGGCUUUGGGGUUCAUGUAGUGCAGCAGGCAGUGUUUAUAGAGUUCUCCCACGUUGUGUGCAAACAGCCCUUCACUGCACUGCCUGGGGUAUGUUGGGGUGUUUUUGUUCUUGAAACCUUUUAGCCUAUUAAUAUCCACAGUUCAACAUGCACAAAGAUUAUAAAGCCACGGUAAGCACUUCAUCCAUGGGCCAGAUUCAACUUCUGUUUUAAUAAAGCGUCGCUAUUAAAAAGUCUCAUCACGGACAUGAUUUAAAGGUACCAUUUUAUUUCCUUCCACACAUCUAAACGCAGCACUAUGCCAGCCUCAUUUCCUUCUCUGCCAGAGCUGCUGGCUUUGCUGGCCUUCAGAUUCUUGUGCACUAACAGAAUACUGAGGUUUGUUGGCCCCUGUAUCAUUCCAUACCAUCCUAGUUAAUUUUAUCCCAUGAGAAUCAUCCCAAUACCUCCUGGAGACCUGGCAUUUUCUGUUAACUUUGAUCUGUUUUACCCUGGUUCCACAGCAUGUUUGGCCUGAACUUAUCAUAUAUAUAUAUAUAUAACAAACAUUAAGCAUUAGCUGGGACCUUGACAUUUUUGUGAACAAAAUGUUCUACUUGAAUCAAUUCCUCCCAAAUCCUUACUAGGAUGUGUAUCUAACCAGGUCUCAAGACUAUUGGCUGAUGUCACGCAGUUCCUCUGGGGAUUGUACCUACAGGCAGAGAACGUAAUGCGAAAUUCAAUCCUGAGAUCACUGUAGCUGCCAAAGGGUUAAACCUUUGUGUAUUCCUAAUCAUAGCGUUUACUUAUCAAUUUACUCCUUUACUGUGUUGGAUGAAUCAGAGCGAUUGGCUUGAAAACAGGUUAUUUUGUUUCUGGAGACUAACAUUCCAGCACCAGUUGCACUAAUUCACGUGAAUCGUUUUUUAAAAAUAUCUUAAUAAUUUUCCACUUGUACAGUAGAAAAUAAUGCAGAGCACAGACCUGUGGUAGAUAUUGCACACCAUUCCUUUUCAUUAUAUUCUAUGCAUUCCAUUAGCUUUAGACAUAUUAAGCUCCAUUUCAAUUUGUUUUGAAGAUCUAUUGUACUGUACUAAUAGGGGACAGUAGUAGGGAACCUAACCUGGUGCAUAUUAGAUUUCUGUACGGGGCCACUGACUGCUAUGGUUACAGUGUAUUUACUGUGUGUAAAUGUUAUGGGUUCUGUGGAAAUGCCCUUGAUCAGACUGUCUUUGUAAAUUUGUGAAUUAUUGGGAUAAAUUGACCAGAUGCAAUAAACUCUAAUAGAUGGCUGCACCCGAGUUACAAAGCUUUGAGGAUGACGACAACUGGAGUUCAGAGUGAGAGAUUUGAAAGGUGUGAGCUUGUGUUGAACUCGUUGGUUGGUCGGUCAUUUAUUUUUGUAUCAAAUGUACAAUACAGUGAAUACAGUUUUUAAUAUUAAAAUUCAAAAGCUAAUUUAGCAGUUAUUGUUCCUUGGCUUUAACCAAUCAUAGGAUGUUGAUCAUGCAACUGCUUGAUCGGUAUCAAUAGGUUUUUUUUGUCUAAGUUACUCACUGUAUUGUAUAUUCAAUUAGAUUCACUGAUAUCAAUGUUUUAUUAUUGAUCGGUCUGCAGAAUUUCAGUAAUGUACAAGAAUUGCCCUUGGUUCCUGCUGCUUGUGAUUACUUUGCUUUCCUUAUAUACAUCAGGAAUUAAACUGCAAAAUUGAAUAAAAUUUAUUGCCAACUUGCUUAAAAA